ACGCCGUCCUGGGACAGAUCCCGGCCCAGACGCACGCGGCUCGGAGCGGUCGGGGUACCAGUGCUGCCUGCGAGACACCCUAGAGGUCGAGGAGAGCAGCGGCCGUCGUGUGGCCGGGGCUGGGGGGCCACCCUGUGCUGAUGUGAGCACCGCGGGGAGCGGGCGGGGACCUCUGGAGCGACUCUCACCCGCCCCCCCUGCGCCAGCGAGGCUCCAGCGCUCACCGUCGCGCCGCGCCGCGCCGCCAGUUUCUCCCCGUCGGGGUCCCCGAGCCCCGCUGCUGCACCCUUUCCGACCCCUGCAGGGCCUGGCGCACCGCCGGGCAUGGAGCCCUUCUUCAGGAAGCUGCUGACCUUCCUGUCCUUCUUCUGGGACAAGAUCUGGCCGGCGGGCGCGCCGCGGUUCCCGAACCCGGACUCCGACGCCGACGUGGAGCCGGAACCCGCGGCAGCGGAGCCCCCCACCGCGGAGCCCUGCAACCCCCCGGCCCCCGCGCAGCUCUUCAGGGCUGACUUCACGGCGCGGAGCGCGGAGGACCUGAGUGUCAGCCGCGGGGAGAGGCUGCACGCCCUCAGGGAGGAGGGCGGCUACAUCCUCGCCCGCCGGCUCGCGGGCUGGCCCAGCACGGGGCUGGUGCCCAUCACCUACGUGGCCAAGGCCGCCCCUGAGACGCUCUGGAACCAGCCCCUCCCCAAGCUCGUGGACCACCACGAGGCCCAGAGCCUGUCCCACGGCCUGUGGCUGACCUCGCCCCGCCGAAAGCAUGAGCUGGAGCCCCUGCCCCACUGUGACGAUUGGGAGAGGCCUCGGGAAGAGUUCACGCUCUGCAGGAAGCUGGGCUCCGGCUACUUUGGGGAGGUCUUCAAAGGGCUCUGGAAGGACAAGGUCCGAGUGGCCAUCAAGGUGAUCGUCCGAGGUGAGCGGCUUCUGCGUCGGCACACGUUCCAGUCGGAGAUCCGGGCCAUGAAGAAGCCGCGGCACAAGCCCAUCCUGGCACUGUGGGGGACCCUGGGUACAUCAUCAGAGCUCCUGCCCACGGGGAGCCUGCUGGAGCUGCUGCGGGACUCCGAUGAGAAAACCCUGCCCAUCUCGGAGCUGGUGGGCAUUGCAGCACAGGUGGCCGGGGGCAUGUGCUACCUGGAAUUGCAUAAUUACAUCCACGGGGAUCUGGCCACCAGGAACAUCCUCGUGGGGGAAAACAACAUCUGCAAAAUCGGGGACUUGGGGCUGGGCAGGCUCAUCAAGAACGUCUACCUCUUCCAUGACCACAGCAUCCCUCACAAGUGGACUGCCCCCGAGGCACUCUCCCGAGGGCAUUACUCCAUCAAAUCUGACACCUGGUCCUUCGGGGUUCUCCUCCAUGAGAUUUCCAGCAGGGGUCAGAUGCCCUGCCCAGGUACUGGGCAUGUCCAUACCUUCCCGAGGGUAGAGGCGGCCUACCGCAUGCCCUGCCCCCUGGAGCGCCCACCCACCACACACCAGCUGAUGCUCUCGUGCUGACACAGGGACCCCGAGCAGAGGCCCCGCUUCAAAGGGCUGCGGGAAAAGCUCUCCAGCCUCAGAAGGUACGAGAGCCUGCUGCGUCGGCCGCCUCCUUGCCACUGCCUGAAGGCCAGGCCAGCCCUCGUGAGGGGCCUGAGCAACCUCGGAUCAUGGGAGUGGGCUGACCCAGAUUUACUGAGGAUUUGCUGAAGGUACCAACAGCUCCCAGAAUCAACCGGACACUCCCGAAAAGGGGCUCGGGCAGCCCUGGGCCCACCUGUUGCCCAGUGCAGCCAGGAGCUGGGACUGCCCCUCCGCCUGACACCAGCUCCUGGCAAGUGCUGGGACCUCCACAGCCAACACCUGCCCUGGGGCUCCAGGAGCCAGGUCGCCCCUCCUUCCAAAGGGAGUGGACCUGUCCCUGGUCCUGACCCAAAGCCCACCGGCUGUCAGGACCAGGGCUGAGCUUCCGGGCCGUGCGCGGUGGGGACCGAGGCUUUGGCUGCACUCCCUGUGCCCUCUGGCCUUGCCUGAGACCUGGAUAUAAGGGGGUGUGGACCCCCCAGUCCUCUGUGGAGACAGGGGCACUGACGCCUGCUCCCCGGGGCCAGCCGCUGCUCCUAUCCAGCUGCCCCCGGGGGGCCUGGGGGGCCGCGUCUGGACACUGUGACCGAAAGGACUGGGUGGGGGUCAGGCUAACUGUGCCUGGACACAUUUGAGGGCAGGCAGGACAGAAGGUGCAGCCUUUGGGGGCCACGAGCCACCCAAAUGCCUUGGGAUGGACUCCCGACCCCCGUGACUUAGAGCGGAGCUGGGGCGGGGUGGCCAGCUGAGCCCAGCCUGCUAACCAGUGGAGACCACCCCUCUAGGCCCCCGCCCUCACACCAAGCCUCCGUCCGCUCCCUCACUGAAUUGCCCUCUCCUGACCCCCAGGCCCCGGUCAGUCUCUGCCGGCCACUGAGGCACGUGGACGCCACCAGCCUACCCCCCACGCCUGCCCCCAGGAGGCCAGCAGAGGAUGAGACGACUCCCCAGCCACACACAGAGCUCCCAAGUAGGACUCUGCCCAAAGCUGGGCUGCCCCGGGUGGGGCCCCGUAGAGCCUCCCACACCCCCUUCCCCUCACCCUUAGGCUGCCGGGGGCCCUGCCCAGAGUGUGCCUUACAAGAGGCUACAGGAGACGCCGCCCUUACUGGAAGGCACGUGGGAGAGCAGGGCGCGUGAGCUGCUCCACACCAGGCUGAGGACGGCCUCCUCGAGGGCGCCGGGCCCCACGUCUGAGGGCUCCGGACCCAAGCCAGAGACCCUGUCUCCUGCCGCGGCAGCAGGGGCCGAGGCGGGCUUACUCCGAGGACCCCAACCUCAGUGGCUGCCCUGGGACUGCCUGCUCUCCCCGGCUCCCCAGGAUAGCAAGGCACCCCACCUCUUCUCAGAUACAAGGCUCCACACUCACCGGAGCUGUCUGCCCACGUGAACCGGAGCCAGAUCUCGGAGGUGGCCCGCUAGGGAGGGACCCCAGGAGGGUCCAGGAAGUGAGAAGUUUGAGGGGUUGGUGACUCCUCCCGCGGGGGUGGGGGUGGCAUGGAGCUCACACACACACACCAUGUGGCUGCUGGCUGCUUGUUUAUUUUCUACUCGGUGCAAGGCACAGGUUAGAGGGUGCCGGGAAGGCUCUCAUGUGGCUUGGACAGUAAAGAGUGGAGUUCUCUCAACUUCCUUUUUGGUGUUUUGCUGUUUUGAUAUUAAAAACCCAACUGCUUGUGUUGGCUGCAGCCUGAUCACUCUCAGGGAGGGGAAGGAGGGGGGCUCUGAUGAGCCCAGCGCCUGGGGAGGAAGCCCGCCCGGCAGCUGGUGGUGGCCACUCAGGACGGGGGCCUGGAGUUGGUUUGGCCAGGCUGGCCGCCAGGCUGCUGCUUCCCCACGGCUUCCCGAGCCAGGUCACAGGUGAUCAUGCCGGUGGAGGCCUGGGCUGGUUCUGAGCUGGAGGAGAGCAUGUGGUCAGAGGCUGCUACCACCUGCCCCCCCCACGGCCCCCAGGAAGGUGGACUCACUGCUCUGGGGACUCCAACACUGUGGCCAUGAACGGGAGAGUGGACUUCCCGAAAAAGAAGCUGGCCCACCAGUGUCCCGGGUCAGCUCUGGGGAGACCUGAGAGAA